ACCCCCAACACAGGAGCUCUCGGUGCGGCUAAAUGGCUCCCCCAAGAAGCAGCAUAAACACCAACGCUCAGUCCAAGGCCACGGCGCACGCUGGAAUGCACCACAUCACAACUCCUUGUAGAAAGCACUUCAGAGCCUAUCUCUCCCUCCCCUCGGACUCCUUAUUUGUCUCUCUCCCCUCCCCUCCAGGAGUAAACGCGUUGCCAUGCCGCCCUGCUGCCUGAUAGUGCAGCGGCAAAAACACGCUCGGUCUCUUGGAUUUUAGUGCCCGAUGUGUUCGGUCGGCGACGUCGGAGCGCGCCGGCUCAGCUGAACGCCCUCCUUGUCCACCCGGUCCGCACUCCGACAACCCCCGCCCGGCUCGGCUUGAUGCUUCCAGCGGGCAGCUGAGGGACAGAGCGACAGCGCACCUGGGAAAUAGAUGGAGGGACUGGAGCGGCAGUCCGACUUUUCUCCCGUGGUCCACGGGGGAGGGCGCUUGUAAGCGCAUUUGAGCCCGGGUUCGUGAAUACCUCUCCGGGAUUAGAGGCUUUACUGGGCGAAGGACAAUGUCCCGCGGCUCGCUCCGCCAGUCCCGGCUAUUGUUGGUGCGGCGGCGGACGCACGGAGCUCAGUGUCACCGGGUCCGCCCUCACCUCCACCUCCAGUAGCGACUCGGGGCUCUCUCGUCUCUCCUCUCGGGCAUCCCGGAGUGUGAAGGAUGACUUCCUGGCAACGCAGCGGUCCUCUGCGUGUCCUCCUGCUCUGCUGCGUGGCUUUCGCAGUCUGCUCAGAAUCCUCCAGCGCCGGAGCCGGACCAUGUUGGUCGCCCAGCGUCACCACUUGCGCAGACUGCCUCCGACGUGGACCACAAUGUGCUUGGUGUUUCCAGGAGGACUUCCUGCAUGGAGCUGAGCAGAGCCGUCGCUGCGAUUUGCCCGACAACCUUCGCAGAAGAGGUUGCGGACCAGAGUUCAUGGAGCAGUCAGGUGUCAAAGUGGAGGUCGACGCUACACUCAGCAGCACACAAGUGUCCCCACGACAAAUUGACAUUACCCUCCGGCCAGGUUCAGAGGCCAGUUUUAUCGUGUCUGUGAAGCAACUGGAGCGCUAUCCUGUGGAUCUCUACUAUUUGGUGGACGUAUCAGCUUCCAUGCAGGACAACCUUGAUCAUCUCAAGACGGUGGGCAUCGCGCUGUCCCUCCAGAUGAUGCAACACACGUCAGAUCUUUGGCUGGGUUUUGGCUCGUUUGUGGACAAACCUGUCUCCCCUUACAUCAGCGUCCAUCCUUCUAAAAUUGACAAUCCCUGCAGUGAUUACCAGACCGAGUGUCGCCCGGCCCACGGUUUCCACAAUGUCCUCAGUAUGACUGGGAACAUCAGUGAGUUCACGCGGACAAUGAAGCGGCAGCGCAUUUCCGGUAACGUCGACACGCCGGAGGGAGGACUUGACGCCAUGCUCCAGGCUGCUGUCUGCCAGCGUGCAGUUGGUUGGCGGCCCGGGGCGAAGCGCCUCUUGCUCAUGAUGACAGACCAGCCGUCUCACCUCGCCCUGGACAGCAGGCUGGCUGGGAUCGUAACGCCACACGACGGCAAGUGUCACUUGGAGAACAACGUUUACACUGGAAGCACACGGAUGGACCAUCCAACUUUGAGUCAACUGUCUGACAAGCUGCUGGAAAACCAUAUCUACCCCAUCUUUGCUGUGGAGAAGAAGCAGUACCAGUGGUAUGAGGAGUUGGGGAAGCUUCUACCCGCCUCCUUCCUGGGAAAGCUGGGCCAAUUUCAAGCAUCAAACCUCAUAGAUCUGGUGGUAGAUGCUUACAAGAGAUUGUUGUCUGAGGUGGCGGUGUCAGUGUCAGUGGAGGACGAGGCAGUCAGCAGGUACUGGGUGUCCGUUUCUCCUCUUUGUCCUCGCGGAUCCACCGCCAAGGACCAGAGCUGCUCGGGGGUGCAGCCAGGCCAGACGGUCUAUUUCAAUAUCACCGUUGGCCAACACUCCUGUGCUGAUGACGGCGGGGAUGUGAUGAUGUCGGUACGUCCAGUGGGCUACAACGAGUCCACUGUCAUCAGGAUCCGCUCUAAAUGUCAAUGCAAAUGUGGACCGACGGGCCGCUGCGAUGGCAACGACCAGCCGCCCUGCAGAGAAGGCCAGCGCGGAGCCAAUCAACAGCAGAGGCCGGAUCAUGGACACAUGAAGGACUCAAGCUUAGAUCCGAACAGAAAUUGCAAAGCACAUGGGUCGAACGUGAACUGCAGCGGCCGGGGAGUGUGCGAGUGCGGAGGAUGUGUGUGCGACCAAAGCAGGCUCGGGAUUGUAUAUGGCAAAUACUGUGAAAUGGAUGACUUCUCCUGCCCAUAUGAAAGGGGACAGCUGUGUGGAGGCCGAGGAGUGUGUGUGUUAGGAGAGUGUGCGUGCGAGGACGGGUGGACAGGUGAUCGUUGUGGCUGCCCCGCCUCCAAAACCCUCUGCCAAUCCCCAGAUGGCUUGCUUUGCAGUGGGCGGGGCAGGUGUGUGUGCGGCAAGUGUGUGUGUGAGGACCCCCAACACUCUGGAGACUUCUGCGAGAGAUGUCCCACCUGCCAGCUCACCCGACAAUCCCCCUGUAAGAGUGUGGACUGCCAUCGUUCUCAAGGUCUCUCCCAAAAAGAGGUGGAGCUAUGCAACACCACCUGCGCACUUUAUGCCGGCUCCAUGACAGACGUUUCAGAGCGUGUCAGCAGCGGGCGGCUGGUUGGAACUUUCCUCUGUGUGUGUGCCCUGACGGUGCUGUGCGGUCUAGUGGUGGUGGCCGUGUCACGCUUGCUGCUGCAAAGGAGAGUCAUGCCACGAGGGGGUGCUGGUGCGGAUUUGGACUACCCUUGCACUGGAAAGGAUGUCUCAUAUAUUCCUACAACCAAUGAGAAAACAGUUACCUACAGGAGGGACCGCCCGCCUGAACACCCCAUGGAGAUGCACAUACAGGUUCCUAAGAUGCCACUUGAUGACCAUUGGCAUUUCUAAACAGGUCUGAAGGAUGCAUUGAAGAUACAAAGAAGAAGAUCUGGACUACAAACUUCUUUUCUGUUUCUUACACUCCCAGACAUAAUAAAAAAAAAACUUUGUGAAGGACAAGAUGAUGCUACACUUGACUCCAAAACCUCAAUGGAAUUAGAUUAUUUUUAAAUUAACCGAUCGACCCACGGGAGACUUUGCGACUACAGCGGCCAGUAUCUUUUGAAUCAAGAUGAAACCAUGAGGACACGUCGCCCACCUCCUCUUUCUCUGCAGCAGCAAAGAGACCACAGGGUAAAGGGUGAUUGUGACGGAUCCUCUCCCCUUAGUCAUUCAGAGCUACUUCUCUAACAUAUGGGUGAGCGUGAGCGUGUGUCUGUGAGUUGUGCUGGUAGUGGCAUUUGUGCUUUUCUUAUUUAUGAUUUUUAAACUGAAACACUACAUGUUUGAAGUCCCUCUUUGUUUAAGAGGGCAACCACCUGCACAAGUCUCCCUGUCCUUGUCUGCCCCCAUGUGGUCAGCUCAAUGUACUACAGCCUCUGUGAAGACACUAUUGACCUCAGCUGCAUUGACUGUUCCACGAAUGACUGUUUGCCCUUAUUAACGUUUUUACGUCAUGUGUUAUGGAUGAUUAACAUUAUUCUGUAUGUCGGUCUGUUCUUUACAAGGUAAAUUUUGCACUAGAAAAGCUGCAUUAUACUACUGAAAACUGUGGGCACUCUGGGACCGGAGAGCUGUGAACCUUGGGCAUUAGAAGUCGUCUUUGUGCAUUUGAAGCUGAUGUAACAAAUCCACCCGAACACUGGAACAACAAGGACUGAGACUCAUUUUGCAAAUAUUACAUAAUCAACAGUUAUUUAUAGUUACUUAACGUCGAACACGUGAGCUCUACAUAACAGCCAUACUUUCAUGCUCUUGUCAGUGACCUAUUAUCCGGAACUGCCUGGACAACGCGACGCUUUACCGUACAAAUGGGCUCAGAUGGUACUGAGGAAAGGAUGGAGUCUACGUAGCCUUUAUGCACUAGAAGAGAUUACCUGAGACUUUUGCUUUUGCUCAAUCCUGCUCAAAUUUCUGAUAUUUUUAAAGUAGUGUUUUGUUUGGUACUGUUUUACCUUUUGUUUUGUUUUUUUGCAAGUUCAAUACACUAAUAAUUAUUUAUUUUGAUCAUGUUGAAGGAGGUUUUCAAUAAUUCAUAAUAGUGCUGCGCCAUGAGGCAGAUACUGUAGUUUUUAGGUGGAUUGUGGAAGGUUUAAGCAAUAAGGCAGCAUUAAUCAUCUCAUCUAACAUGGUACUGAGUUUUUAAGUCAAAACGGCACUUUUUGUGGGUAGCGUUGUUGUAAGUUAUUGUGUAUGACUGUUUUUAUUACAAUAAAAUGUGCAAGAUUUUUUUCUGUUA